GUACUCCAUCAGUGGGCCAGAAUCACAGGCCCACGACUUGCCUACACAGACUCAUACCUCUAUAUCCUGCAGAAGAUAGUAUCAGGGAUGGCGUCUUUAGACAUUCGCAAUGAUUUCGUCGAAGAGACUCCUCUUCACCUAUUGGUGACAAUCUACCACUCCGAGGAAGAGUUCCGGCCCGCCUGUGAUAUUCUCUUUGCUCACGAUCCCCAACCCGAUGUCAAUUUGGGCGAUCGACAAGGCCUUACUCCUCUGCUGAUAGCCGCGGAUACGAACCAAGUCACGCAGGAUCCUGAACAACGUUUGUUUUAUCUAAUCGCCCAUGGAGCUGAUCUCCGAGCCCGUACCAGCGAGGAUAAGGAUGUCUUUUGCCUUUUGGCCAACAACAAGACGUUGAGUGACCAGCAGAGUCACGAUAUUAUUCAUCGCUUGUUGUCGCAUCUGGCUACUCUUAAAGGGUGUAGCAUCGCACAGGAGUACAAAAAGCACUACCUUCCGCACCGUGGUGCGAUCCUCACCCUCAGCACGGCUGCAAUGGCGGGAAGAGCGAAAACCACCUCCCUCCUACUAGAUGUCGGUCUCGACGAGGCCAUCAACAAUUCGAUUAAGCCGAGAGACCCUACUACCGUCCUGGACAGCGCCAUAUCAUCAGCAGCGCGGAGCCGACACAUGCAUCUCGAUCUUCUGGCGGCGUACAGUCCAGGGGCCCCACGAGCCCGUGCCCUCGCAGCCCAGACGGUGUACGAUCCGCGUCAAGGACCACCGACGCGCGCUGCCGAGGCUUACACCGGACUACCAGAAGUUCUGCGGCUUUUGCGCGCCCGUGGUGCAAAGCGAGCUUGUGAGCUAAUGCCAUCCUCUCAUUUCGAAGUGAGUUCGGAUCAUCCUGAUGUUUGGGAUAUCACUCAGAUGUACUGGCUCGGGUUUACCACGGGAACACAGCCAAAUAGAGAACGCUGGGAGGGCUUUUAUCAGCUAUCACGUCUACCCUCGGUAGGCUGGCGAGAAAGGGUCAUCGAUAGUCUCAGAGAGAUGUACGAAGUUGACAUGUGGUGGCCAGAUCUGGCCAUGCUCGAGGCUAGCAUCAACCUUGUCAAUAAGCGGGAUAAGGCUCUCGCUUCUGGUACAGUACCGAUGUCACCCACGCUUCCAUCCGACCCAAGCACUGAUGUAGUAGACGUUGAGCUGCUUGGACAGAUGCUGCGGAUGCUCAUUACGGCAAGACACGACGCGGAUGAUGCCCAGACAACUUAUGAGAUUGCUUAUGAUUCCACGCCCAUGACCAAGUGGAUCAGGAUUCGCGAGGGGCGAAAGUAUGAUCGCAGUCCUGCGUCCUUGGGUGAGCAAAUACCCGAAGUGGAACUGGUGUGGGGAGACACUGGAUUCGGGCUCGGUCAGAAGCGCGUGUGUCAGGUUAACUAAGAGAAGAUAACUAUCCGUCUGGGUGUGAUCUAGCUUCUCACGUUCGUCUUACAGAGAAAAUUAUAAACUCAU